AUGAGCGCCACAGUGGGUGCCGGUGCUUCGGUACCUGCAACACCAAAGUUGGCGCUCUUCAAGGCGCAAGCUGAUGGUCCGGAGAAGGCUUCCCCCCUGCGCCAUGUGGAGGGUCCGACACAGGCAGCCGGUGCACCACCAACCUUUUUGCGCCUGCUGCGCAUCUUCGACACUCCAAAAUUUCAGCCAUCGCUCGUGUCCAAGACUCAUCUCAAAGAGAUGACCAAUCUUCUGGACUUCUUCAAGCCCGCCAGUGACUCUUCAAAGCAAGCCUUGCGCCAGGAGCUUUUGCCCAGCUCUCUGUCUGCUGACUCUGCCGAGCAUGUCGUCAAGAAGAGACGCUUCGAGUGGAUCGACUCUUUGGCGUAUCUUCUGAACUUGCACCACGAGCAAGCUCGAGCUUUAGUCGAGCAGUACGUGGCCAACUCCCGGCCCUCCCAAGGCACAGAGCAUUUGGAUCAUUACCUCAUGUCCGAAGAUCUUGCUGCCAAUCUUCGAGCCAAGCUUGUCAAGUUUUAUUUGACCACUAGGCAGCGCGCUCUGGAGAUGGUUGGCUUUAUCCUUGCCAAGAGCGAAGAAUCCGAGUACGGCACCCUGGCCUCCACGCUCUUGGCACACAACCCUCAAGAGCCGAGUGCACUCUUGGUCAAUUUGACGCAACAGUACCUCAAACCAUCACUGCAACUUCAUUUUGCCUCGUUGUUGGCGGCGCGCGAAGACCGUGCCACAAAGCGCGCGGUAUGUUGUGUGUGUGUGUGUGUGUGUGUGUGUGUGUGUGUGUGUGUGUGUGUGUGUGUGUGUGUGUGUGUCUGUGUGCAGGCAGCUGCAGGUCAGCACGCCUACCCGGCCGCAACGCGCUGUGUCUCGCGCCACCACCAAAGAUGCUGCACCCGAUUUCUCACGAAAAUCUCAGCAGGAUCCAAAAAGGAUCAGGCUUCGGCUCAACUUUUGACAGAUCGGCUUGAGGAGUUGUUCAUGCACGCCUGCCUGGCAGAAGCACGGUUGCUUCUUUCCAUCCUCUCCUUCGUCCUCGCACUGACGGAUAUCACAGAGCGUGAGAUGAAACUGAUCGUUCCUCUUUUUCAACAGCAGAUUUUACGACAAGAGGCCUUGUUUUCUGGGACAACUUGGUGGCAGACCAAUCGAGAGCGCUGGCAGUCCACCGUGCGCUCCAUUCGCGUAGAGCUCGUACUCGUCAUGCUCUCCUGCAUCCAAGCUCAUCAACUAGAUGACAUUCUGAGUGAUCUUGCGAGCUGUGUCAAUACCAAGCGAAGCGUCGGCUCUUCACUAUUGGCCGGAUAUCUCGCCAGCGUGGCUCCACUGGACGCCUGCGUAGCUCGUGCUGCCGCUCAGCGCGUCGCUCCAGCCAAAGACGGCUCAGGUGCAGAGGAUGCAGCCGAUGCCGAGUGGCUGCUGCUUUUAGCCGUACCCAUCCUCGCCUGGGCGGCGGUCAGCAGCGCCGUUGAGCGAUUGAUUGACCAAAUUCCUUCCAAUUUGGAUGGUGCUGGUACUCUCGAGAAGCUUCGCCUGACGGACUCAACCACCCUGGCGAAUGCUGUCUUUCUGCCUCCCGCCACCCUGGCACGCCUCACAAACUUGCUGCCAGAUGCCCAUACCAACGCGCUCGAGCAUUAUGGGCACGUGGUCACGCUCAUUGUCAUGCUACUGGAGCAAUCGGCCCGCCUUCGCCAAGAUGCAGCAGAGGCCUUGUGGCGCUUUGUCACUCAGCCCGACGAGCCUGCUGCCGCGAAUCCGGCUGACAGCAACCAAGUCAUUGCCGUCAUUUUACAUGCUCUUCAAACGUUCCCCGUUGACAUGGAAGCUUUCCCAGCGUUGUUGGCAGCGCUAUCCACGGUGGGGGCUGGUGUCAAUGCAGCGUCUCAAUACGAGCGCGUAUAUGACAGCAUCUGUACCAUGCGUGGCUUUGCCGCAUCCAUGUCAGCACGCCAGCUGGGGGUGGACUAUGAGCUUGACGCAGCUUCGGGCGCAUGCGUCCUUCUACGCCCUCAGACUUUUCGACUCGGUGAACUGGAGCUGCAAGCAGCGGCCGGCACUCAAGGCACCAUGACAGUGACUUCCGAGCAGCAAGAUGUCAUUGUUUACUGGUACAUUCCAUACAGUGGCUGGUUCCUUUUGACCGAACUGGCCGGAACAGUCCUGUCCCAAGGGGAGGUUUCCGCCCGUUUGGCCUGCAAUUUGACAUCAAUUGUGGCUAGUUGCUGCUACCAUCGGGAUCUCAGUGCCGAGCUACACGAUCACCUCUUUCACAUCUAUCAAACGCUUGGGCGGCCCCACCAAUCCUCGCUCCUACUGGACUGGGCCUUGACCAAGCUUGAUGCAGCCAGUCAUCUUUCCCCCGACAUGCUUGGGGUGGCUGCUCAUGCUUUACGCUUGCUCGUGUACCGUGCCACGGAUGAUCCUUUGGGAGUUUGGCAGCGCUGCUCGGAAAUCCGUCUCAUCUCAGCUGACGAGGAAAACAUUGCCAUGCGCAUUCUGUACAACAUGGAGCGUCAAAUGGGCCGCUUUGAGGCCACAGUUCAGCUCAUCUUCCUGACGCAGCAGGUGCUGGUCUCACUUGCCGAUUGUGAGGAGCCAAAUGAUACGCACACCCGGGCUUCAUUGGUGAACAUGGUCAAGUUUUUGCUUCUCCAAGUGUUUUCUGAAGCCCCGCAUUGGCAAGCAGCCAGCCUCGAAAACUAUUUGGGGCUGAUCCAUGCUCUCAGCACCUGGCUUGGCGCGAUUUUGAGCUUGGAAACCUCCAACCCGACCGUGCGCCACGUGCAAAAAGCCAUUCAUCGUUACCUCCAUGAUGAUGCACGCGCAGCGCAGGCUCUAGUGCAUCUCCUCCAUAUGGUUGCACAACUCUGGCAGGCACCCGCCCAGCAUGAGCUGUCGCGGAAUCGUCAAUUGGUGGCCGAUAUGCUCGAGUCCUUGCUGCUAGUUCUUUCGCGGUUGUUGCGUCGUGCGAGUCGCGAAGCAAAACCAGGGGCUCCUCUUACAAAGCUGGAGAUGCAAGUUACCAUGCCUGAUCAAGCAUCUGCACGCACUGCGUCCAUGUCGCAGCAACUGCCGGAUAUGGCAGGAUCGAGCAGCCGUCAUCCUCUGAUUGCCGUGGCAAAGCUCAUAACGGUUCAAAACGAGGAGGCCAUUCCUAUGUUCGCAGCCCAAGUCUUUGCUCGCAUGGCCAGCGUCGCCAGCCGAUUUGCAAGUGAUGGUGGCUCAGCUUCGAGCACCAACCCUUCACACGUUUCAGUCAGCAGCAUCCUAGGCAACGGCGUCCAUGAGUUGCGCUAUGCUUUGCUUUUGCGUCUCGAGUCGGAUAGUCCAACUACGCUACGCAUUGCCAUUGUACAGUUGAUUGCAGAGCUUGUCCACUCUCAGCCAAGCGUGGGACGCUUGUUUCUGGAUGUGCGCAGAGCCAAGGCGCAAGGGGACGACACUUCCAGUAGUGGUGGUCUUGUUCUUGGACCCAACAGUUGUCUUCCCGAGUGCAUCUCCAUCGUCACUGAGCCGUCGUGGAUCGAGGAGCAUCCUGACUUGGUGGCAGCGUGUCUGGCGUUGGCUUUGGAGCUCAUCACGCUCGAGACAUACAGCUGGCGAGAUGGGCUACCAAAACAUCUGGUCCAAGUGUUCCAAGCUUUGAACAAGGUGCCCGAGCUGCCAUUGCAAGGCAAAUUUGAGACAAAGGCGGUUGCUGAGGCCACUGUACUCUACGUCCGCACCUGGAUCAACUUUGUGGGCAUUUGUUGCGAGCACGAGGGCAGCGAGACAGUUGCUGAGCCUGGACCAGCGCGGCCCGCGUCUCUCGGACGACUCACUGUUCCGAGCAACAAAGCAAAACCCUACGUGAUGAACGAUACCCAGUAUUGCAAACUUGUUGUCAAAUGCCUCGAGCAAGCACGUUUCCAGGCCCAAGCUGGUUGCGACGCAGAGAGCAGUCCAAGUGCAAACAGCACAAUGCAAUGGUUUGACGCAGCACAUUACCAUGCUCAAAUUGCCGUGGCAUUGGCGGAGACGGCUGCACUGCAUUUGGGACGUAUUCUUCAACGCAGCGAGAGUAUUCACAAACACGUGACCAUUGAAAGCGUUGCAAGCAUGUUGCUUGAGUUAUCUGCUUUGUUGAGCAUAACGAGCUCUUCCACGGCAACUUUAAGCGUAGUACGCUUCAGUGCAUUACAGGCGCUGGCACAGCUUAUGGUUGCGCUUUGGCCGCCGGUGUCCAAGCAUGCCGAGCCCAAGGCAGCGGCCAGCGUACUGGCCGAAUGCCAGCGUCACUUUGACGCCUUGGCCGUGCAUGUCUCCGAAGGCCUUGUUCAUGAUCUUGUCAGCUUGGAGACGCCGGCCGUCAACGACGCCCCGGAUGCUUCUACUUACGCGGACAACGUUGGCCCAGCUGUGGUGGUGUUGACCUGGCUCGUGCGUGAGAGCACUUCUGGCGUCCCACUGCGGCAUUUGUAUCAAUCCAUGCUGCUCGAGCGGCUGUUGCACUUGUCCGACAACUUCAUGCAAGUCCGCCAGCAUGCCAAUUUUGUGCAACAUGUUUUGCGUUUGGCUCUGACAAUCGUUCACCUGCCGAAUGGUCUGACGGCACUGGAGUACGGCCAACCCGUCAACGAGAAAGGCGGUUUGAUGUAUCACUUGAACAGCGGAACUGCUGCCAUGUGGCGAGAUCACGCCAUGGGGGCAGCUUCCUUGGCCCCAUACCUGACGCGGCAUGCCUCCGCUGUCAACCCAUGGUUCACUGUCUGGCGCUUCAGUCUCCAGCUCGUGACGGCCAUCGUGAGCAUGAACUCCUCUCAGGCCGUGAAUCUGGGGCUCUCCUUUUUCACGGUGCACUAUGAGCGUAUGCUACAAGGCCAAUCUCGGCUGCGCCAAAACCAGAUCACCUUGCUAGAGCUUGAGGAAUUGUCCGACAUGAUGCGACUUUGUGCGGCAUUUUCGUGGCAUACUCCACAAUGGGUAGCUGCCAUGCCCAUUCUUCUUGAUGAUGGCCGCUUCAUUCGUGGGCUUGCGUUCUUGUUGGACGAUCUCAAUGUGUUUUUGAGCGGAUCGGCGACCAAGAUCAGCAGUGCCUUUGUUGCUGUCUCUGUUUCGGAGGAAGAGGAUUUGCACCGGGCCAGUGACAGGUUUUUCACACCCACGCCAACUGCCAUGAGCGGUGAACAAGCGGCCUCCACAAACAUGUUCUACCAUAGCAUCUCUCAUGAACUGAUUCAGGUCAUGUGCAACGUGGCCGUGACACUGACCCAUCUCACGUUUUCAUCAGACCAAGUGCGGCAGGCAGCCGACCUUGCGGCCAUGGUGUGCUACUUUGAUGCCGGAAGCCGGGACACAGAUACGGGCAGCCUGAGCACGCUAUUCAUUGCUCUGGACACAUUGCGCGCCGUAUCGCGCCGUGGGGCUCGGGCGGUGUCAGCUGCAUCACCAUCGGGCUCGCCCAAUCGCCAAGUCGUUGGCGUUGGCGAGGACAUCACUGAGUUGAACGUAGCCAUGGAUCAUAUUCUACUGAUCCUCAUCACACAGGUGCUUCACCAUUGCCGACACCCAUCACCAAGCUUUGAUGCCAAGACUGUGCAUUAUCGUCUGAAGCAGACCCUGAACAACAUUUCCAGAUUACGCGGUGGAGCACCCCCAUCUCCCUUGGGACGUGCGACUUCACCAUUGGCUUCGCCACCACCAACGCGCGAUUGCAUGACUGCAACAAUGUUUGGCGACGACCAUGUGAUUUUGGAUGCCACCUACGAGUUGGUGAGGUCAUUAUCAUUGGCCACAAAGUGA